AUGAUCUCCGGGCUGGUGACAUUGUUGUUGACGGCGGGGCGACCCGCCCUCGCGACCCGCGACUCGUUCUACCCGCCCCUUAACCACACCACCUUCAUCACCAACGCUUCCCUCGGCACCUACGGCGGCAUCUACACGGCCCCGGCCGAUCAAGCCAGCUCCCCCUCAGCGGAAAAUGUCUACAACUAUUGUUCCAUGCCCCAUCCCCGCGCCGAGACGUAUUCGCUGCCGCCCCCCGUCGCCAACCAGUCCGUCUCCGCUCGGCUAGUCUACCUCGAGUAUGUGCAGCGGCAUCAACGACGCACCCCGUAUAACAUUCUUCCCGGGGGAGAGAAUCAACAAUAUCACUGCGACAAUCUCCAGGCGCAUGUCUAUGUCGCCCCGGCUUCCCAGGGCCCGGCUCCCAUCCCGGUUUAUGGUCAAACUUAUUCCGAUCCCUCCAAUCCAUUCCUAGCAACCUAUGUGAAUGGCUCCUGUCAGUAUCCCCAGCUGACCAUUGGGGGCUUCCUGGACGGCUACCAGCACGGGCGCGACCUUCGCGCAGUGUACGGCGACCAGUUGCAGCUAAUCCCUUCAUCGCCGGACGAGGACAACGGCAAAAAGAUCUGGCUACGGUCCAGCACAUCGGCCCUCACCCAAGGCUCGGCCGGGGGUGUUCUGCGGGGCAUUUGGCCUGAUUACAAUGCACCCCUGCCGCUGCACCAACAAGCCUCCGGGGUCGACACGGUCGACCAGGGAUUCUCCUGUUCUGCUCAGAGCGAGGUCCUCUCCGCCAUUGAGUCUACGGCAGAGUGGAAUGAGCACUUGACCGUAACCAAGGCCCUACGCAGUCAGCUGGCGACCAUGUUCGAUGCGGAUACCUCCAGCUGGACCUCAACGUUUGACCAUUUCGCGGACAAUUUCCAGGCCCGUCUGUGUAAUGGAUACGAGCUUCCCUGUCGCGUCCAGAAUGAGUCGCAGUGCGCGACCCGCGACCAAGCAGAGGAGGUGUUUCGUGCCGGCGAUUGGGAAUGGAAUUACUGGUGGCGCCACAACGCAAAUGCUACUCGGUAUAUCCAGCUAGUGGAAGGAUUAUUCAUUGGGGAGAUCGUCCGCCAUCUGGAAGCGGUCCAGCUGGGAACAUCCGAGCUUGUGUAUAGCCACAACUUUGUUCACGAUGGAGACCUCGGGCCUAUCCUCGGUGCAUUGGGCAUCAAGGCACUACGGUGGCCGGGAAUGGGAUCAAACAUUGCGUUUGAAAUCUGGCAAACAUCCACCUCCGAACUUUACGCCCGUGUCUUGUAUAGUGGACGUGCGAUCGAAACGAUUCACGGCACCUUGGACUGGAUACCACUCUCGUCCUUGAUCAGCAUCCUCAAACCAUACAUUCCGGACGACAUCGUCGCAAUGUGCCAGUCUAGCUGAGAUUGUAUUUUAAUAGAUAGAAUGAAUGACUGUCAAGUGACGGAAUGUCAAUCUUGGCAGCAAUAGCAAUAGACCCCAUCCGAGCAACACUGCGGGAAUGCUCCAUGGCAACAAACGGCUUGGGAGCAGGGCGGCGAGCAAACAUAGCAGGCUAAAGGCUUCAGUAUAGUCUCAUCUGCACCGCGUAGCAGGAACAUAGCACGUACAAUUAUCGGUAUCCGCCAGCACCCUUUGCACCGGCUCGAUAGCAUCGAUCAUGGAUUCCCUCUUGAUGCUCGCUGUCCAACCUGGUAUUUUUUCAGUUAUGUUCUCACCAAGAGUUGAAUGCGACCUUACGGCUGAUCUGGCGAUGAUCUGCACCAACCGUUAGAGCGCUCAACCACAGAGUCCAGAGAUAGACGGUCUUCAUUC